ACACACACACACACACACACACACCUCCAGCAAGAGGCUUGAGUGUGCACCUUGAAGAUGGCUGACCAACAGCACCAGCACGAUGAGGACGUGACCAUUGUGGACGUGGACUCUGUCGUGCCGAGCAGGCCGUCCGCGAGCAGCGUGACGACAUACGAGGACUCGGCCGCCGGCACCAAGCGCACGACGUUCUCCACCACACCAGAGGCUCGCCAAAGCAGCAACACGAGCGUGUCAAACCCGCAGCAGGAGCGGAAGGAGGCUGCUGCCAGGUACUUUGACGGCGAUGAGGACCUCGUGUUCGACCCGCGCCUGCUGGAGGCUUCCACUGGCAGCAUGCUCGGCGGUGCCAAGAACGAGCAUGUCGUGGAGAUGAACGGCGAUGGCGGCAGCCAUGGCCAGCCGUCGUUUGCCGACGUGGACAGCACGCGCCACCCAACUGUCCUGCAGUUUUCCGACGUCAAGUACGAAGUCGACGUCACUGUCAACAAGCAGAAGACGGUCAAGCCCAUCCUGAAAGGGCUGAGCGGGCAGGUGAAGCCUGGUCAAGUGCUCGCCAUCAUGGGCGCAUCCGGCGCUGGCAAGACGACGCUGUUGAACAUGCUGGCUGGUCGGCUGUCAGCGGCCGGGCACGGGCGCAGCAGCGGCUCCAUCCUGGUCAACGGGCAGAAGCGAAACUUCAACACGUUCCGGCAGAUCAGCGCGUAUGUGUUGCAGCAGGACAGCUUCUUUGCCACGCUCACCGUCCGCGAGACCAUCACCCUCUCGGCCAUGCUGCGGUUGCCUGCAAGCAUGACGCAGGAAGAGAAGCUGAUGCGCGUGGACAGCGUGAUUGCAGAGCUUGGGCUGGCUAAGUGUGCAGACACGUUUGUGGGCAAUGAGCUGAUUCGCGGCGUCUCUGGUGGCGAGAAGAAACGCGUCAACGUCGGCACAGAGCUCGUCACCAACCCUUCGUUGGUGUUCCUUGACGAACCAACGUCGGGCCUCGAUUCAUUCAAUGCACAGAAUGUCAUGCAGACGCUGCUCACCCUCGCCAAGAGCAACCGCACCAUCAUCGCCACCAUCCACCAGCCGCGCUCGUCCAUCUUCCAGAUGUUUGACCUGCUGCUCCUUCUCUCGGAGGGCCACACCAUGUACUUUGGGCCCGCAGCAGACGCCGUUGGCUACUUUGGCAGCAUUGGGUAUGGGUGCCCGGACGAGUUCAACCCUGCCGACUACUUCCUCGACCUCGUGUCGCUCGACCAGCGCAACCCGCGCGCCCUCGACGCCACAAGGAAGCGCAUUUCUUUCCUCAGCGAGCGGUUUGAGGAGCACCAGCAGCGGCACCCGGUCGUCACAGACGUGUCUGACGUCAUCUCCCAGCACGAGAAGGACUUGCUUGCAAGCAACAGCGGCGAGGGCAGCGGCCGUGCCCCGGCCAAGUACAACACGUCGUUUCUGCGGCAGUUUGUGCUGUUGUACCAGCGCUCGCUCAAGGCGAUGGCACGGGAGAAGAUUGACAACAUUGCGCGGCUCGGGCAGACGGUUGUGUUUUCGAUCAUCCUUGGCAUCAUCUGGCUGAACGAGGGCGGGAGUGGGGACUCGUCGUCGGUGCAGGCCAUUGCCGGCGCCAUGUUCUUCCUCCUCAUCAACCAGUCGUUCAGCGGCAUCUUCGGCAUUUUGUUCAUCUUCCCUGUUGAGCGGGCGGUGGUGUUGAAGGAACGCGCGUCCCGUUCGUACCACGUCGGCGCGUACUUCUCCGCCAAGACCGUCGCAGAGAUGCCACGCUCCUUCCUCCUCAACCUCCUCUUCUCCAUCGUCACCUACUUUAUGGUUGGCCUGCGUGGCGGCGCGGACCACUUCUUCCUGUAUGUUCUCACCAUCUUCCUCGUGUCCCAGACGGCGGAAGGCAUUGCGCUCAUCGUAUCGGCCAUUGCAGACGAUCCGCAGCAGGCCGGCGCAAUCUCCCCCAUCUUCAUUGUGACGAGUAUGCUGUUUGGCGGCUUCUUCAUUGGCGUGGACCAGAUCCCGGCCUGGCUCGCCUGGCUCAAGCACCUCAGCUUCCUCAAGUACGGCUUUGCUGCGAUUAUGCAGAAUGAGUUUGAGGGCCGCAUGCUGGAUGCAUCGUGCGCCACCACCGUCGCUGUCAACGGCACCGCGUCUGGCGCGGGCGAUGACCUGUGCUUUGCCACGGGCGAGGAGGUUCUCGACUUUUACAACCUCUCCGAGCUGUCCCUUGGUGCCAAUAUGGGGGUGCUGCUUGGUCUCAUUGUCGGCUUCCGUCUCAUCUCCUACUGGAUUCUCCGGCGCAACGGGCCCGUCUACGACACGGCGCUCUGA